AUGAAGCUCUUACCACCGAUCGCCGCCGCGGCGCUUCUCCUCGUCGCCGUGGCGGUAGCGGCGCGCGUGCCGGCGGCGAGCGCGGCCGGGUGGGUGGAGCUGGACCUCACGCAGACAGGCGCGGCCAGUGACGCGGCGCUCGCGCAGAGAGCGGCGGGAAUCGCGGUGGAGCAGUACAACACACAGACGAAAUCUGCCCUGUCGCUCGCGGCAGUCAAGUCUGCGGAGGUAUUUGUGCCCGCUGACGUGGGGCGGAGAGCCGUCAUACGCGUGGCCUUCACUGCCGGCGAGGAGCAGGGCGUGUUGAGGAGACUGCUGCGCGGCCCUGGCAGCACAGUCGCGUCAUCCUCAUCGCUCUCCACCACUCUCUUCCUCCGCCACGCAGCCGCGUUCUUGCUCUCCUCCCUCUCCUCCAUCCAAGGUGCCUAA